CAGAAUGAUAUACCCGAAGGGCCCCACAAAUCGACCGACAACCCUCCUCCAAUCUCUGACGAUCUUAGAAUAUGCUCACCAGCUUACAAUCCUACAUCUUCAGUCUCUUUACAGAGACUUCUCCGUUCCAUUUCACCUUUCUUGAGGAGGAUUGGUUCUUUCUCUAACAUAAUAAUGUUUGGUUGCAAGUGUUUCUAUUGGAAGAGAAUUGACAAUUUCUUUCCAUCUGAACCAAGCACCUUCUGUCUUCCUUCUCCUCUAUCUGAUUGGCCUCCAGGCCAAGGAUUUGCAACUGGAAGGAUAAGUUUAGGGGAAAUUGAAGUUAUUAAAAUCGCCAGGUUUGAGUUGAUUUGGACGUGCAAUCUUUCACAGGACAAGAAGAAAGGUGUUACCUUCUAUCAACCUGUGGGAGUGCCUGAUGGAUUUUAUUGCCUUGGUCACCACUGCCAACCUAGUGAUAAGCCCUUAAGAGGUUCUCUUCUUGUGGCAAGGGAGGUGGAUUUUCCUGAGAAAGAAGCCUCUAGUUUUGGCUGUUGUGUCAAGUCAUCUGCUCUACAAAAGCCCCUUGAUUAUACAUUAGUCUGGAGUUCCUAUGACGGAAAUGAGGAAAAUUCUCAUGGAUGUGGUUUCUUCUGGCUGCCUCAGCCUCCUGAAGGUUAUAAGCCGUUGGGCUAUUUAGUAACCAAUAAACCAGAAAAGCCAGAAUUGGAUGACGUGAGGUGUAUUAGAGCAGACCUGACAGAGGAAUGUCAAGCUUAUCGCCCAAUUUUUAAUCUAUAUUCUAAAUUUUCAACAUUUCCUUUUCAAGUUUGGAGCACAAGACCCAGCCAUCGAGGAAUAAUGGGGAAGGGUGUUUCAGUUGGCACAUUUUUCUGCAGUAGCAACUGGACAUCUGGAGAGGAACUGAGUAUAGUGUGCUUAAGGAAUUCAAAUCCUGAAUUACAUGGCAUGCCAAAUCUUGAACAGAUUCAUGCACUCAUCAACCGCUAUGGGCCCAGAGUUUUCUUUCAUCCUGAUGAGGUCUACUUGCCAUCUUCUGUCUUAUGGUUUUUCAAAAGUGGAGCGCUGUUAUAUAAAGCUGGUGACUUGAAAGGUGAACCCAUUGAUGUUAGCGGCUCUAAUUUGCCAGCAGGUGGGACAAAUGAUAGAGCAUUUUGGAUAGACUUGCCUAAUGAUGAUCGCAGGGAGACUGUGAAAUAUGGAAACUUGGAAAGUGCAAAACUUUACGUUCAUGUGAAGCCUGCAAAUGGUGGAACUUUCACUGAUAUUGCGAUGUGGGUAUUUUGUCCUUUUAAUGGUCCAGCUACUCUUAAAGUUGGACCUCUAAGUGUUGGCCUUAGCAAGAUUGGGCAGCAUGUAGGUGACUGGGAGCAUUUCACUCUCCGCAUAUGCAACUUUAGUGGGGAGCUAUGGAGUAUGUAUUUCUCUCAGCAUAGUGGUGGUGAAUGGGUUGAGGCUUUUGAUUUAGAGUACAUAGAGGACAAUAAACCUAUUGUUUAUUCAUCCAAAAGUGGACAUGCAAGCUAUCCUCAUCCCGGGACCUACAUCCAGGGAUCUGCAAAACUUGGGAUUGGAAUAAGGAAUGAUGCAGCUCGUAGUAAUUUAUAUGUGGAUUCAAGCACCCAUUACGAAAUUGUGGCAGCUGAAUAUAUAACAGGAGGGGAUUUAGUUGAGCCUGGUUGGCUGCAGUUUAUGAGAGAAUGGGGUCCAAAAAUUGUGUACAACUCAAGGAAUGAGUUGGAUAGGGUAAUUAACCUUUUACCUGUUAUGCUUAGAUAUUCUGCAGAAAAUGUAUUUUACAAGCUUCCAGUAGAGCUUUAUGGGGAAGAAGGUCCUACCGGACCAAAGGAAAAGAAUAAUUGGCUGGGAGAUGAAAGAGGUUAGGUUUUUGUUCCUUACAUGUUUGAAUUACACGGCUAGAGAAUCAUCAAACCCACGGCCUAUACAUGUUUAUAUAUGCAUGUCUUAUUGUUGUAUAGCAAUUCAAUGGAUUAUAAACCAGAGUUAUUAGUCUAAGUUCAUCAAUUCUUUGAGUUGGUUCAGUAGGACAUGGUUUGGAAAUGCAUAUAUAAACCAGAGUUAUUGGUGUGAUCGAAUCGGGCAUGGCGUCUGAGACAAUAGUCUUCUGGGUUGUAUGGUACAGUGGAAUUUUCAUCCUGAAGGAUGGAUGAGACGAGGAAGAAGACAAGCAUUGGUUUCCUCUCAAGUUGAACUUUUUUUUUUCUUGUAGAGAGAAAAAGAAGGAAGUAUUUGUAUUUGUAUGCUGUAAGUUUUUGUGCAUAUAGAACUAUUAGGACUUAGGAGUCUCCUAAUUCAGUGUGGUGUGGACUUGAUUGUUCAGUUCUAUAGUGGCUUUGGAGUAAAAUAUUGUAAAAUACUAGUUCGGAAGGCAAUAGAAAAUUUAUUUAUACUCAAAUAAAAAUUUCAAUAAA